GUUCUUAGGACAGAGACAGCUGUCUAGGAACUGCGUAGCAGUAAUUACAGAGAGACUGCAGGCUUCUGUGGGACAGUGGACAGCGCACGGAAGGCCUCUCACUGGUAGGGUGGCUAGCUCCGGCAUUGCGGAACCCGCCGUCCGACUGGCGGGGUUUCUAGGGGGACACUAAUUAUGGCUGGACGCUGUGGCGCGGCAGUUUAAUUCUCCGGUGGCGGCUGAUUGAGCCAGACGCGAUGGUUCUGACCGGGCUCAUCAGGAAACUCGGUCAUCAGCUGGCCGAGAUCAGGGAACGCGCUCUCAAAAAUAUCCUCUGCAAGGUGGAGCACAACUUAAUCUGCUGCGCUGAUCUGAUUCAGGAGAGGGUACUUUUUCUCCAUUUGCUGGAAUGGUUCAAUUUCCCGUCCGUUCCAAUGAAAGGGGAGGUUCUGAGCCUGUUGAACAGAUUGGUUAAGUAUCCCCCAGCAGUCCAGCAUUUGCUUGAUCUUGGUGCAGUUGAAUUUUUAUCUAAACUUCGUUCUAAUGUGGAGCCCAAUCUGCAGGCUGAAAUUGAUGGCAUUCUGGAUGGACUUUUUAUUCUUCCUUCGGAAGAUCCUGCACUACCUUCUGCAUCUUACCAAACCAAUCCAACUGAAUUGCCACAACAGCCUGAAAACUUAACAGGAUAUUUUCCUCAAGGCAAGAGUAAUUUUCAGCAGAUGGAAGUGCCUCCCCAGCCAGUGGUAAAUCAGACUGUGAAGUGUUUGCGGUUUUCUACAUUUCCUUGGCUACCCUUGACUGCAACAGACAGACAUGUUCUCUCCUCUAAUGAAAGCUCUUUGAGAAGUAGUAAUCACACUUUAAUCUGGAAUACCUGUGAGCUGUUGAAGGAUGUUAUCAUGCAAGAUUUUCCUGCUGAGAUUUUCCUUCAAAGGCCAAAAAUUGUUCAGAGCCUUCUGUCUCUGUUGAAGCUGGCCUUUGGAGGAGAUGGGAAGCAUCGCCUGGCGUUACAGUCGGUGUCCUGCUUGCAGCAGCUGUGCACCUAUUUAAGAAACAGACUUAAUUUUCACCGAGAUCCAGGUUUUUUCUCUAGCAAACAAGAUACAGUUUCCCAAAAUUCUUCUUUAUCUUACUGUCAUGAAAUGAGAGUUAUUCAUCAUUCCCAGAAUCCUUCUCCAGGAAGCAGUAGUCCCCGGCCUUCUGUGGUUGGACGCACAGGCCAGCGACCCAGAGGAGACGGCCAGGACUGGGAUGCAGUGUCUUCCAGUGGAAGUAGUAGUCAUGUUCACAUGAACUCCAGGGUAUCGGGCCCUUCCCCUCUGGAUAUGGCCCACGUAGACCUGCCGGAGCUGGAAGCUGAAGACACGCUGGAACUGCAAUUCCAGCAGCUCAGCCUCCCCCAGUUCUGUGUCUCCAUUCUGGAAUCAGCAGUUCCUCUCUUAAGAACAGGUAGUAGACAGAUGAUAAUAAGAGUUCUGGAAUUGCUUGCAGAGGAUAUGAUACUUACUGGUGAGGCAAUUUCAGCAGAUAUCUGGGAUGACAGCAGCCUUUUUGCUAUAGAUAUGAGAGAGAAAGUGCUGUCUGUGCUGGGCGUCCUUGGGGACACCCUGUGCUACCACAAGAGCAGGGUCCGUCUGGAGCAGCCGGGCGCGGCGCUCGUGCCCCACAGAACGGCCUUCGUCAGCAUUUCCCUGUUCACAGUUCGACUGCUGCAGACGCUUCUCCCUGUUGAAAAGGCAAGCCACUUUUUACCAGAACCUAUGUCAGCAGCAUUAUUUCUAAUUGCUUUGGACAUGCCUAUUUCUUUGGAAUACCCAAAUAUUCAUGAAGCUGUUGUGGCCUAUUUGGAACAGCUAAAUUCUGAAAACUACAGUAUUUAUAAACGAACCGCAGAGGCUGUCUAUUCAAUUGAAUGUACCUGUAACUUCCUGUCUGAUGUUGGGAAGGAGGGAGAGAAGAAUCUUUUAGAAUUAGUGGAGCUGGCAGACCAAGCCCUGCGAAGCUUUUCCUAUCAUCAGCAUUUCCCCCUAAUAAAGGAAAUCAUCUGCAUUUGUUCAAAGAUCUGGAAAUCUGCACAGGCCAGUCCAUUACUUCAAGGAGAAAGUCAGAAGGUGUUUCUUCAAAUGUUGUCUCACCCAUUGCUACAAGUCAAAGUUGAAACUUAUCACUGCUCUCUGGAAAUUAUUAAGGACUGUUUAGGUGUCCAUAAUGUCACUAAACCAGUGUCCUCCCUUUGUAAUGGAAUUCAUUUUCUACUUCACCCAAAAGUCCUGUAUGAAAUCUGUGCAUUUGGCAUUCAAGAUCCCAAAAAUGAGCAGGUAAAUGCUGCCGCCAGGGCCAUUCUGACGCACCUGCUGCAGGGACGAUUGGUGAUGACAGCGGUGACCUGGAACAGGUUUAUUGAGGCUCUCUGUCCUGUCAUUCCAGUCCUACAGGGCUAUGCUGACCCGGAAGACCCUCUGGGUAACUGCAUUCUCCACCUAAGCACAGUGGGUCCUGAGGCAGGCGAAGGGGUUCUCCCCAGCACCGCCCGGUUGAAGUCCGUGCUGCGGCUCCUGCUGGUGAAAAAGCCGUCGGCCCGUUCACGAGCACUAAAGCUGUUAGCAUGUCAUCUCACACGGGAAGAAGGGGCUGAGAAAAAGCGCCCUUUCAUAGAUGCCAGAGUUCUCUCCAGAGUUCCCAAUUUAUUUAUUGUGAAAAAGCCUAUUGAACUCAAAUUGGAUGACAGCAGAGAACUGAUUAUUAAGUUGGAGACUGUUGAGAAGGUAUACGAUAUCUUUACUUCAGAUGGUAUCGACCUUGUUGUGAGGAAGUCCGCUGCAGAACAGUUGGCCGUGAUCGCGCAAGAUAUUAAAACACAUGCUGUGGUGAAAAAGUUAUGCCUAGUUGACAAGAUAAUUGAGUAUUUAAAUGAAUGUGUGGGUCUGGAUGGCAAGGUUAUAGAAUGUUUGAUACAGCCAUGCCUCACACUCCUGAGGAAAGUUCUUUGUGCUGAUCCCGUCGCGCGUGGGUCCCUCUCACAGCAGUCUUCUCUCUUGACCCUGUUAUUCAGAGUUUCCUUGAUAUUUCAUGAAGAUAGUACUGUUGUGACUGAAGUUGGAGCAUUAUUUUGUCUUCUAUUAUUUGAUGAAGUAUCAAGGAUGGAUAUGUGGUCUGUUAAUCCUCCCAAUAAAUCUUCUUCACCAUCGAUCUUCAGUUUGCCUGUUUCAGUUUUAAGAAGGUAUCACCUGCCAGUACAAGUAACUGGCCACCAUGCUGUGAGUCCUUACUCCAUAGUUUUGCCAUUAGCUGCUGAUUGUUUGGCCUUGAAGCCUGUCUCAGAUAUGCUGAGAAUCGCUUGGAACCUGUCAUGGUAUCAUGGGACCGAUAAUCUGAUGAAGCAAAUUAACUCUGAAACUAAAAUCCAAGAAUUUGUAGAUACAUUGAAGUUAUCUGCAGAGGACACCCUUACUCUGAAGAUAACACACACAGCUAGUGGGCUGAAGGACUGUCUGCAUUCCAUUGUGGAGGCGGUAGCCCACAGGGAAGUGAGGGCUGCCAUCACCAGGAUGAAUUUUUAUCUUCUGAAUGACAGGUUAUCUUUAAAGGGCAGCCCUGGCCCAUGUGGGCUUACCUUGAAGUCUCUGUCCUGGCACACCACCCUAAACAGGUUUUUACAAGUCCUUCCUGCUUGCACUGAAGAUGAAAAAUUGCUAAUAGAUAUCAUACAUUUUUUAAAUAAGUUAUUGAAGGAACAAAGAAAAAAUUCAUCAGUAGAACUUCUAAACUGGCUUCUAGAAUUACUCCUUAGACAUAGUCCAGAUCCACUCUUAGACCUGCUGGUUCUGGCAGAGUCACAGGCACGAGAGGAACCAGACGGCGUCCGGGCUGCUGUCAGGCAACAGCUCCAGAAAGAGCUGGUCGCGCUUUUCAAUACCUUGCUGCUCAGUGUCACGGCAGCUCCUGACAGGAAAUGCUUGGAACUUCUUCAUGUUUUUCAAACACAGUUGGCUCUGAAACUGCUCCAGUGUCUGAGGGUCACAGAUGCUCCUCAUUUCUAUGGCCUGCCUUCCCUCGAGAGGACCUUGCGAGGGAUGGCUCACCUCACAGCACUUCCAGGCUGGAGCUCACAUUCUCCUCUGACAAAACCACUUGAAGUUUGUAUGAAGUACUUGUCCGGUCUCCUUGAAGUCAUUGUUUCUUUUUAUGUGGAGCGUGGAGGAAAUGCUAUGUCCUUCAUGGGAAAAGGUGUCACAAAGAGCACGAUUCUUUGCUUGCUUCACUUAUCUCAUGAGAUGAUGGCCCAGGCCCCGAGCUCGGAGUGGGUUUCACUUUGGUUCUUGCCUUUGGGUAGCCACAGUGAAGAACAUGCUCCCACUCAACAAGGCCUGGCUUGGUUGAUUCCGUUAUGGGUUGAUCGAGACCCAGAGGUGAGGUUCACUUCUUUGGGAUUGGGAUCAGCGCUGACCACCAUCGAGAUGGGCUGCGUGGCCUUGGCAAACAGCUGUCAGAACAUCUCUGGUGGGCUCUGGGGGACUGUGCUCAGCCUCCUCCUGGAUGGCUCAGAGUGCUGUAUGGUGCGCCGCGAGGCUGCAUUUAUUCUUCAGAAUCUCCUUGUAAUUCCAAUGCCUUCAGUAAUUGUUAAGGAUUAUACAUGGCAGGGCCCCUGUGUCCACGAUGAGGACUCUGGCUUAUCGCUUGUGGGAAAACCUGCCCUUCAGGCUCUUUUAUAUCACUGCCAUUUUUAUGAGCAAUUGAAUCAGAUGGUAAAAUGUUGUUACUUGGGACGGUAUAUGUUUGAUUUAAAUUGUCAAUCUGCUCUUGAUGGAACUUCAGAGGGUAGUGAUUUAAAUGGUUUAGAUGAUUCAUUCAAGUUUUGGAGGGCUCCAUCUAGGAUGUCCAGUCAAGAUCCAAGUUCUCUCUCUACCUUGGAGACAAUGGUGGCCCCUUCUCCGGGGAGUGCUGAAUUCCCAGUGCUUGGCCCCUCGGCUGCUCCUCCCCCUGAUGCUUCACACGGCCAGUUUAUGGCUCAAGGUCAGCAUGAAGCUGCCUCACCACGGCUCUCUCAUGACUCGCCCCUUCCCGCCCCUCCGCCCAGGCAGUGCGCUCGUGUCACUCCGCCCCUCCUUUCGGCAGUGUGCAGCCUCUUGGACGGCCUCUUGGCAGCUGCCCCAAGGGACACUGCGAGUGCUUUUCGGCAGGCCCGUCUCGUGGAGCUUCUCUGUGGCGUUGCAGAUGCUGCCCUCAUAGAGGCCUGCGUCCAGGAGCUCAAGGCCCCACUGCCUUCGUCACCUCCAGUCGAACACGCUCAGGCUCACGUGUCCUUUCUCCUAGAGUACCUGUCCUCUUUGUCCAGGCUUCUGCACUCAUGUUUAUUGGUAGAUCCUGAGCUUGUAAUUCAGGACAAGCCUCUGAAACCUCUUAUCACAAAUGUCAUUGGAGUUCUCACCAUAUGCACCAAAGAUAUAUCAGAUGUAGAGUUAGUAUCGGCUUUUUAUCACACGUGGACACAUUUGUUUGACCUUCUGUCCACACUCCUGAGGAAAGCUGGAGCUGCCUGUCUCCCAUCUAUCACGGUGGAGCUGGCCAAGCACUGGGCAGCAGUCAUUGAUAUGUUCUGCAAAUGUGUGGGUUUGUCUACCACAUGCCCUACCCUGUAUACCGCCAGCCUGCAGUUCCUUUCUAUUCUCUUGACUGAAGAAGCAAAAAGGUGUCUCCAGGAUAAGGAUAAAACAAACUUAAGCUACAGUCCAACAGUGGCUUCACUUCUUGAUAGGACUCAGGAAAACCAGAAAUCUCUAGAACGACUCAAUGAAGUAAUUCUUCAGGUGGAAAAGUCGUAGACUUGUUCAUGAGAGGAUUUGCUUGCCCUUCCCAGUCAGCCAGCCACAUUCGAUAAAGGCAGAAGCCUGUUCCGCCUGAUGUGUUACUGUCCCUUUGCUGCUUAGAAUGUGGGGAUUUUUGCCCCUUUCCUGCCCGUAGGAGUGAUGGCUGUGCAGACCUUUACGGCAUGACCAUCUGUGCGUGUGCACAGCAGCCUUGACUAUGUUGGAAUGCAGAGGAGGCUGAUGGUGGCGAGGACAGCUGCCUGGUCCUGCUCGGACCUGCCCUCUGAGGGGUUUCCCGGGGCUCGGAGGGAACUUCUGUCUUGCUCGCCCAGACCACAGUUGUCUUCGAAGCACAAAUGAGUCUGAUUGAUAGAGGGUCCCCUCAUUUUCUCCUGUGUCUCCAGCAGUUCCUUCAGAAGCUGCAGCUCUAGGGGACAAGGUCCUCCAAGCAUUCCUCGAAGCCACUUAUUCUGCGAAGCCAGCUUCCCUGUAGCUCACUGACUCCACUCAACUUUUCUUAGUUUAAAACCAAAUUGGAUAUGGUCCGAGUGAUCUCAUUCCCCAUCAGAUCAACAGGCUUAAUUCCCCCUGUGAUUAACUGAGUCUGAUUUUACACUUUAAAGCUAUAGGCAGGAAGCUCAAAUUCCCAGCUUCACAAAGGUCCUACCCCAGCCCCGAUCCAAAAGCAUUAUUCAUUUCCUAACUUUGGCUUUGGUGUGGCACUUUCUCCUGGGAAAGCACCCUUGCUCACGUUGACAUGCUUUCCUCGUCAGGAAUUUAAGUGACUCGUGGGGCCCCACAUCGGUUUCCUUCCACAGUGAGGGCUGCACGCCUGGCCCCUUCCCCUGCCCAGGCCGGAACGCCCAGGAGGUCUGCGAGCUGGACUCCUUGCGGAUGACGCUGGGGCCUGCAGCCAGUCCUCCUGGACCUGGUGAAACGCAAACACCUCCAGCCCGGCCAAGCCAAGGCUAUUUUAUUUCCCAGCUAUUUUCUGUUAUUUAUUGGUGGUUCUGUGUUCCAAGGAACCGCGGUUAGACUCAUGAUGAUUAUGGCUCCGUGUUGGGAUGAUGAACCAGAUUAAAAUAGCAUAAAAGGACUGUGUCAAAAGAUUUUGCCUUUUUUGCUUUGCCCUUAUGUUUUUUAAUAAUAUUUUAUAUUAGUCAUUAUAAAAGUUAUUGUUUAUAAUAUUUUGCUGUUACCUUCUUGGCCAAAGAAAGUGAGGUAUCCUAGAACCUCAGGGUAUCUCAAUGAUUUUCCUAGUGAGUAGCUAAUUUUCCUACUUAUUCCAGAUUACAGAAGAUACAAAUAUUUUGUGUGGAUAUGGAUACAUUAUAACCAAUUAUUUUAAACUGUGUUUCCUACUAAAUCAUACUCCUCUUGUUCAUGUAAACAGUAGAAUAUGAAUGACCACGUGAUGUUUGUUAGAAGGGCGCAGGCAAGGUUUAGACAAAGAAAGUAAAAAGAAUAUGACACACUGAUGACAAAAUGUGUGCUUAACAUAAGAUGGGACAUUAAUCAAUGAGCUGCUUAAACUAUAAACACUGUUUUCUUUGCUCUGCCUAUUAAAAACAUGUGUGGAUUAAAAUAUUAUUAGAAAACAUUCAACAGCAACACAUUAAAAUGAAUAAUUGUUUCUUAAUAUAUGUCCAUGUAGGCUAUGGAUUGUGCCAAGUGUUAUAUGAAACAAAGCAAAAUUCAGUCUUUAAAUGAUAAGAAAUAGUAUUCUAAAAUUGGUGCCCCUUAAAGGUAUGUUUAAACUCUCUGUAAAACUAUACUAAAAAAAUAUUAGAUAUGUGACCUUAGCCAUAUCACUUCACCUUUUCUGAUUUAGUUCUUCAGCUUCGAAAGUGAGAGGAUUGUAUUACAUUAUUGCUGAGUUUUAGCUUGCUCUAAAAUUUUCCAUCCUCUUAACAAAUUAUUAUGUUGUAACUUCGAUUAAAAUGUCUUGGCAGAGCAUCUUUUAACUGGCUGCUUUAUAGCAUAGCCCCAUAGGGUAUAUGUUGAAAGUUUGCAUUUGGUGCUUACAUCUUAAAUAAUGUGUAAGUUUAUUUUUUCAUAAUUCCUUUUGAAGAAAUUUCAAGGUUUGAAUAUUCCCUAAAAAACUAUUAGCUGAUUUUGACCAUAUAGUAUUG